AUGGCGGCGCGACCGGGAGAUGGAGCUGUGCUGCUCCUCUUCCCAGAAAUUCUGCGACAGAAGAAGGAAGAGGCGAGUGGAGCUUUUCCCGAAACUCCUGAAGGAUGGAUUCGCUCCCAGUUUAUCGAAGAGCUUACACGGGGUUUGUCAGCCAUCAUUUUGUUGCAGCACCCUCUAGGCAAGACGCGUAAGCGGCUGUCUGAGUCUCUUGCUGCUGCGACUUCACUAGCUACUACAUCAAUAACUGAUGCAGCUGCUGCUGCAGCAAAAGCUGACGCCGAUGAUGACGCGCAAGAAGAAGAUGAAACCGGCUUGGCUGAAGCGUUUCGCAAAGCUUUCUGCAUUGGACCCACUGGACCUCAGCAGUUUUAUCUGAGCACUUGCAGAUGGACCUUUGAAAGAGAUGUACUCUUCUUCUACCCUUCAGUGAAGCCGUCUGAAGUAGAGCGUUCAGUGCUGCUGGUAAAACCCAACGUGACAGCAGCUGUUGCAGCAGCGGAAGCGCGUGGGGAGUCGUGUCCUGAGAAGGCUUUGGAGGUGCUGCUGCUGGAAGAGGGCCUCACAAUUUUGGCAUCCGUUAAUUUUCAGCCCAGGAAAAGGGAUAUACAGAAGCUGUUCCCCGGCCACACUGAAAAGGUGCUUACAGCUUAG